GAGGCGAUGGUGAGAAUAAAAAGAGUAUGUGAAGCUCUGCCCCAACCUUUUUCUACAGAAUCCACACUUUGUGUCAAUUUAGGGAAUGCCGUAUGCCCGAGGCUGAUUUGAAUCGCAGUGACACAGACUCUCAGAUAGACAAAGCGAAAGAAGAGAGCUGCUUAAUCCUACUGGAAGAAUCUGAAUGAUACGUGCCGGAGAAGAACCACACCUUUUACGGCGUGUCGGUUUUUGAUUCCACGGCCAAGAGUGGCUCGCCGCAUUUGAGAACCCGAAGAAGAAGAAGAAGCUAGAGACGAAGGAGAAGCGGAAAUUGCGGAGGAUUGCGGUUGGAAUCGUCGCCGUGGAUGGUGAAAUUUACGGUGGUAUGAUAUCGGAUUAGGAGGCGAGAGCGAGAGAGAGAGAGAUGGCGUACGCCGGAAAGAAGAGAUGGAGAGGUUUGGUGGUAGGAGUCUUAGGCCUCGUUUUGCUUUCUAUGCUCGUUCCUCUUCUCUUCCUUCUCGGUAUUCACAAUGGCUUUCAAGGAUAUGGUUCGGAGCAGCCUAAUUCGCCUACGCAUACUACACCAAUCAUCAUCAAUACCAAUUCUAAUCAAGCCGAGGAGGAUCAUGUAAAGCGUGUAGAGAAUCUUGUGAAACAGCUUGCACCACCAAUUUUUCAGGAAAUACUAAAGAAUAUCUCACACAAAGCUGAAAAUAAAACCAAAAAUCAGGUUACCGUGCAGAACAAUGAAGGAGGAAAAGGGUUUCCAGCCCCGCCUCAGGACGUUCCACAAUCCCCUUCUCUAAAAAAUAACUCUAAAGUUGAUGAAAAAGUUGAAAUGAUUGAUUAUGCCAAAGGUGGUAUUGAUGAAAGUGGAAAGUCAUGUGAAUUGAAAUUUGGGAGUUACUGCCGUUGGCGGCAAGAACAUAAAGAAGAAAUGAAGGAUUCUAUGGUGAAGAGAUUGAAGGAUUCACUAUUUGUGGCAAGAGCAUAUUUUCCUACCAUUGCAAAACUUCCAUCUCAACGCAAGUUCUCUGGUGAAAUGAAACAAAACAUUCAAGAGCUGGAGAAAGUUCUUAGUGAAAGUACUACAGAUGCUGAUCUUCCAUCACAGAUUGGGAAGAAGCUUGAGAGGAUGCAUGCUGUGAUAGCUAAAGCCAAAACCUUCCCUGUGGAAUGUCAUAAUGUUGACAAGAAGCUGAGACAAAUAUUUGAUAUGACUGCAGAUGAAGCUAAUUUCCACAUGAAACAAAGUGUCUUCCUCUACCAACUUGCAGUCCAGACUAUGCCAAAGAGUCUCCACUGCUUGUCUAUGAGACUGACUGUGGAAUUUUUCAGAAAUCCUGUUUAUGAUAAGGAGUCUCUAGCGAGCAAAUUCAAUGAUCCUGCAUUGCAGCACUAUGUCAUACUCUCCACCAAUGUACUUGCAUUAUCAGUUGUAAUCAACUCAACUGUAAUGCAAGCAAAAGAAAGUGGAAAACUGGUUUUUCAUGUGCUGACGGAUCAACAGAAUUACUUUGCGAUGAAACUAUGGUUCUUUAGAAAUACUUACAAAGAAGCCAUAGUUCAGGUGUUAAACCUGGAGGAGCUUGACAGCCGCAAAUUAUACCUGUCGUUGCCUGUGGAGUUCCGUGUUUCCUUUGGCAUUGGCGCUGAAGCUAGAACGGAAUACUUAUCUAUUUUUUCUCAUUCACACUAUCUUCUUCCUGAGAUAUUCCCGAAUUUGGAGAAAGUUGUGGUUUUGGAUGAAGAUGUUGUUGUACAGCAGGACUUGUCUACACUUUGGAGCCUUAACAUGGAAGGAAAAGUUAAUGCUGCUGUACAGUUCUGCUCUGUGAAGUUGAGUAAUCUUAUGAAGAGAUUCACUGGUGAGAACAGUUUUGAUAAAACCUCAUGUGCUUGGAUGUCUGGAUUGAAUGUCAUUGAUCUGGUUAAGUGGAGAGAACUUGAUCUCACUGAAACUUACCGAAGGUUUGUAAAUGAGGUGAGCACGCAAGAGGAACUAAAUGAAGCUGUUGCACUGUAUGCUAGCUUGCUAACCUUCAAGGACUUGAUUUAUCCUCUUGAUGGUGUGUGGGCUCUCUCCGGACUGGGUAAUGACUAUAAUAUAGAUAUGUCUGCAGUAAUAAAAGCUGCGGUGCUGCACUACAACGGAAAGAUGAAACCUUGGCUUGAUUUAGGGAUCCCAAAAUAUAAGGUUUUCUGGAAGAAAUUUCUGAACCGAGACGAUCAGUUCUUAACUGACUGCAAUGUGAAUUCAUAGUGAGCUGAUUGCCCUUGUUUACUGCUAUAGAUUCUCCAGAACAUGGGGACUGAGAAGCACUAACCAGUCGAUAUCUAUUCCGUGGGUGCCUAAAUUUUUUUAUCAGGCUUCCAAAGCAUAUUUGAUUCUGUGGAAGCAAUAGCCGCGCUGGGUUUCACAAACACAUAGUUGUAAUUUUUUGGUAAAUAAAAGGACCUUAAAAAUUUAUUUUUCUUUCUGGAAGAGCAGAAGGAUGGCAGCUUAAGCUUGGAGUUACCGGAUUUGGGGAUCGAAGGUGAUUUGAUGGACAACCAAGUCCCAGGGAGUUAUUUGAAGAAAAAUUUUGCUUAGUGGAAAAGCCGUGCAGCAAAUAAUUUUGUUUGUCCAAUGUGAUUCAAAUACCAUUCGUGAUAUAAUUGACUGUCGGUUGAGAAAGCGAGUAGUCUUGUGCCUACCAGAGAAAUCAUUCUUCCUUUUGACUUUUGGGCUUGUAUUUUAUUUUUGAGCUUUUGUUUAUCUUAGGUGAUUUCAAAUCCCUAUUUUUUUCCUCUAUAUACUGUAUCAGUUCUGUGAAACAAAUCAAUUCAAUUUGCCUUGCCAAAAUUGGGCAUUGUCAAUUUUCUCUUUUUCA